GAGGCAGGCAAAGGCCCCGUACGGCCCAAUAGAUAAACUCCAGGUCGCACUAAUCUUCCCUGCCGACUGCCACUCCUACGCCGAGCGCCGCCGCCUCCGAUGCUCUCCGGGAUGCUGCCGCGGCUGCGCUCCUCCACCACGCGCGCCCUUCGCAAGCUCUGUGGAUUGGCACCCGCGCGCGAUAACUCACUCCUGCACCCUCUCCCCGGUCUCGACCUCCCUCCGCCCCUCCCCGACAACCUGGGCCGCAGCCCCACCCGGGUCACCACGCUCCCCAACGGCAUCCGCGUCGCCACCGAAGACGUCCCGGGUCCUUCCGCGUGCAUCGGUUUCUUUGUUAACUCCGGCUCGGUUUACGAGUCCGCGGAGACCACCGGCGUGUCCUACCUGCUGGAGAAGAUGGCUUUCAAGGACACCAAGCACCGGGGGCACCGUAAUCUCGUGCAUGAGCUCGAGCUUACUGGAGGCAAUGUCGGGGCCUCCUGUUCCAGGGAACAGAUGGUCUACAGCUACGACACGCUCAAGGGCUUCAUGCCGGAGGCCAUCGAGAUACUCAUCGACUGCAUGCGCAACCCGCUCUUCCUCCAGGAAGAAGUCGAACGACAGUUGGUCCUUGCUCGAGAAGAAGUCCAGGACCUGCAGAAGAACCCUGAGAGGUUUCUUCAUGAACAGCUUAACCUUGUUGGAUAUUCAGGUGCUCUUGCAAAUCCGCUAAUAGCUCCUGAGGAUGCUCUUGCCAGAAUCAAUGACAAGAUUAUUCAAAAAUUUUAUCAUGAAAACUAUACCGCUGAUCGUGUGGUUCUAGCAGCAUCUGGCGUUGAUCAUGAAAGCUUGCUAAACUAUGCUGAAUGUUUGUUAAAUGAUUGGCACAAGGGGUCCCCUGUGGAAAAACCAAAGUCUACAUAUGUGGGUGGUGAUUCCAGACACAGAGCAGAUUCAGAUAUGACGCAUGUUGCAUUAGCUUUUGAAGUGCCAGGGGGCUGGCUUCAAGAAAGAGAUGCUACAACUAUGACCGUCAUACAGACUUUAAUGGGUGGUGGUGGUUCAUUCUCCUCUGGCGGUCCUGGGAAAGGAAUGCAUUCACGGCUUUAUCUACGGGUCCUAAAUAAAUAUCACUCUGUCCAAUCUUUUUCAGCAAUUAGUAAUAUAUAUGACAAUACUGGCCUCUUUGGCAUCUACUUGACCACGCCACCAGAUUUUGUUGUAAAGGCUGUUGAUGUCGCAAUAAGUGAAUUGAUUGCUGUUGCAACACCUGGAGAAGUGACGGAGGUUGAACUGCAACGAGCUAAAAACUCAACAAUUUCAUCUGUAUUAAUGAAUCUUGAAUCCAGGGCAAUUGUUGCAGAAGAUAUUGGAAGACAGCUGUUGACAUAUGAUUGCAGGAAGCCUAUUGAUUACUUCCUUCGAUAUAUGGAAGAGAUUACUGUAGAUGAUAUCACAACAUGUGCCAGGAAGAUGUUAUCUUCGCAACCCACAAUGGUUAGCUGGGGAGAUGUUGACAAAGUUCCUCCAUACGAAUUUGUUUGCAAGCGGUUCCAGUAGUGUACCCUACACAAUGAUCCCUGAUGGACUUGAAGAAUGGUCCAUUGGAGUUUUUGUUUUGAGCUUCUACUUGGCCACUGGCUUAGAAACUGCUUUCUUUCAGAAGUGCAAAUCAUUGUAGUUAGGAUUUCAGCAGCUACAUUCAUUUGUAAUUGUUCAAACAGCACAGAUGAAAUGAGUGAAGUUGACAGAAAUGAAAAUUUUGAAGAGUUUGUUUGCAGAAAUUAGCCAUUCAUCCAUGUUCUGUUGUUCACAUUUGAUCUGUUGCCAUGCUGUGCCAUUUCUUAUCGACAGUGGAUAGCUGGAGAUCGCAGUCACAAGGGAAACUUGCUUGUUGAUUGUCAAAACAUAGAACCAUGAAUCCAUGAUCAUUCUAUGAGGGCAUGAUUAAUGGAUGGGAAGUAAAGCCACGAUUAAUGGAAAAGAAAGCAUGCUGCUGAUUUCACAUUAAAAUUGAGGUUUUAACCAUCGCUUCAUUCUCAACCACAACAUAUGGCAAACAAAUGUCGCCAAAUAAAUCUACUUGCAAGGUGAUGCUA